GAGCAGCGCCGCUGCCGUCGGGCGCGCAGCUCUGCAGCGCGGCGAACGCUUCGGCGCCCGCACCCCCAGGGGCCCAGCGGCCCCGCAUUGUGCCGGGCCGGGUCAUCGAGAUCCUGGAUGAACGUCACCGGUUGACAGCUGCAUUCUGGGUGUUGACACUUUCCGAAGCUUGAGCUCCUACAGCAUUCUGGACGUUCACACGUUUCGAAGCUUGAACUCCGAAUGGUAGAACCCUUGUGGACUGAAACCCACCUUUCCAGACCCAAAAGCAAGGCUGAGAAAGAGGAAGGGAGAUUCAGUCCCAGAGACGAUGGUGUUCUGAAUUCCAGUCCCUCUCUCAGGACGUGAGCAGCCCCUUCAGAUGGCACCUUUGGAGACCCUGAUGAAGGCUCUUCUCUUUGGCCUGGGGUUUGGGGCUCAUUCUCCCAGACUCAGGUGAGACCCUGAUGGCACCCUGUGGGGCAGGUGCUGACACACACCCCAUCUCCAGCCACUGACAUCAUCGCCAGCCUCAGUAUCUAAAUGCCACAGCGCUCUUGGGGCCAGUUGGGCUGGGCACCGCUGUUGCCUUUUAAGACCAUAAAACCAUGGGAAACGCAGAAAGCCAAAAUGUAGACCACGAGUUUUAUGGAGAAAAGCAUGCCAGCCUGGGGCGGAAACACACAUCACGCUCCCUGCGACUGUCACACAAGACUCGGAGGACGCGGCAUGCCUCCUCCGGGAAGGCGAUCCACAGGAACUCCGAAGUGAGCACCCGGUCUAGCAGUACCCCCAGCCUCCCCCAGUCCCUGGCUGAAAAUGGCUUGGAGCCCUUCUCCCAAGAAGGAGCCUUAGACGACUUCGGGGACCCCAUCUGGGUGGAUCGAGUAGAUAUGGGCUUGAGACCUGUAUCUUACACGGAUUCCUCCGUCACUCCCAGUGUAGACGGCAGCAUGGUCCUCACCGCCGCCUCUGUGCAGAGCAUGCCAGACUCAGAGGAGAGCCGGCUUUACGGGGAUGACGCCACGUACUUGGCUGAGGGAGGCAGGAGGCAGCGUCCCUAUACAUCCAAUGGGCCCACGUUCAUGGAGACAGCGAGCUUUAAGAAGAAACGCUCCAAAUCUGCAGACAUCUGGCGGGAGGACAGCCUGGAAUUCUCACUCUCCGAUCUGAGCCAAGAACACUUAACAAGCAACGAAGAAAUCUUGGGUUCCGCGGAAGAGAAGGAUUGUGAGGAGGCUCGGGGGAUGGAAGCAGAGACGAGUCCCAGGCAGCUCAGCACCUGUCAGCGAGCCAACUCCCUGGGUGACUUGUACGCUCAGAAAAACUCCGGGGUGAAGGCAAACGGAGGACCGAGGAACAGAUUUUCAGGCUACUGUCGGAAUUUGGUGUCUGAUAUUCCUGAUCUCGCAAAGCGUAAGAUGCCACCGGCUGCUGCUGAAGAGACUCCUCCGUACAGUAAUUAUAACACACUUCCCUGUAGGAAAUCGCACUGUCUUUCCGAAGGUGCCACCAACCCACAAAUUAGCCUUAGCAAGAGCAUGCAAGGCAGAAGAGCAAAAACCACCCAGGAUGUUAACACGGGCGAGGGCAGCGAAUUUGCAGACAGUGGGAUCGAAGGGGCCACCACCGACACGGACCUCCUGUCCAGGCGAUCUAAUGCCACCAACUCCAGCUACUCACCCCCCACCGGCCGAGCCUUCGUGGGCAGCGACAGCGGCAGCAGUUCCACGGGGGAUGCCGCGCGCCAGGGGGUGUACGAGAACUUCAGGCGGGAACUGGAGAUGAGCACCACGAACAGCGAGAGCCUGGAGGAGGCGGGCUCCGCGCACAGCGACGAGCAGAGCAGCGGCACCCUCAGCUCCCCGGGCCAGUCGGACAUCCUGUUGACGGCCGCGCAGGGCACCGUGCGCAAGGCUGGCGCGCUGGCCGUCAAGAACUUCCUGGUACACAAGAAGAAUAAGAAGGUGGAGUCUGCCACCCGGAGGAAGUGGAAGCAUUACUGGGUGUCCCUGAAAGGUUGCACGCUCUUUUUCUACGAGAGCGACGGCAGGUCUGGGAUCGACCACAACAGUGUCCCCAAGCACGCUGUCUGGGUGGAGAACAGCAUUGUGCAGGCUGUGCCCGAGCACCCCAAGAAGGACUUCGUCUUCUGCCUCAGCAACUCCCUGGGUGACGCCUUCCUCUUUCAGACCACCAGCCAGACAGAGCUGGAAAACUGGAUCACCGCCAUCCACUCUGCCUGCGCAGCUGCCGUCGCCAGACACCAUCACAAGGAAGACACUCUCCGCCUCCUCAAGUCAGAGAUCAAGAAGCUGGAGCAGAAGAUCGACAUGGAUGAGAAGAUGAAGAAGAUGGGUGAGAUGCAGCUGUCCUCAGUCACCGACUCGAAGAAGAAGAAGACCAUAUUAGACCAGAUCUUUGUUUGGGAGCAGAAUCUCGAACAGUUCCAGAUGGACCUGUUCCGUUUCCGCUGUUACUUAGCCAGCCUCCAGGGCGGGGAGCUGCCAAACCCCAAAAGGCUACUCGCUUUUGCCAGCCGGCCGACGAAAGUGGCAAUGGGCCGCCUUGGGAUCUUUUCAGUGUCGUCUUUUCAUGCCCUGGUGGCAGCUCGCACGGGUGAGAUUGGAGUGAGAAGACGAACUCAGGCCAUGUCCAGGUCUGCAAGCAAGCGAAGGAGCAGGUUUUCUUCUCUCUGGGGCCUGGACACUACCUCCAAAAAGAAGCAGGGACGGCCAACCAUCAACCAGGUGUUCGGAGAGGGAACCGAUGCUGUAAAGAAAUCGUUAGAGGGGAUAUUUGACGACACUGUUCCAGAUGGCAAGAGGGACAAGGAAGUGGUCCUACCCAGUGUCCACCAGCACAAUCCCGACUGUGACAUCUGGGUCCAUGAAUAUUUCACUCCAUCCUGGUUCUGUCUGCCCAAUGAUCAGCCAGCCUUGACGGUUGUGCGGCCUGGGGACACUGCGAGGGACACCUUGGAGCUCAUUUGCAAGGCACAUCAGCUGGAUCAUUCCGCUCAUUACCUGCGCCUGAAAUUUCUAAUGGAGAACAAGAUGCAGGUCUACAUUCCACAGCCCGAGGAGGACAUUUACGAGCUGCUUUACAAAGAAAUUGAAAUCUGCCCCAAAGUCACCCAGAGUAUUCACAUUGAGAAGUCAGACUCAGCCGCUGGAAAUUACGGGUUUUCCCUGUCUUCUGUGGACGAAGAUGGUAUUCGAAGGCUCUAUGUGAACAGCGUCAAGGAAACCGGGUUAGCUUCCAAGAAAGGCCUGAAGGCGGGGGAUGAGGUUCUCGAGAUCAAUAAUCGUGCCGCCGGCACCCUGAAUUCGUCUAUGCUCAAAGAUUUCCUCUCACAGCCCGCCCUGGGCCUCCUGGUGAGGACCUACCCUGAGCUGGAGGGGGGAGCGGAGCUUCUGGAGAACCCACCGCACCGAGUGGACGGCCCUGUGGACCUUGGCGAGAGCCCCCUCGCCUUCCUCACCAGCAACCCAGGGCACAGUCUCUGCAGCGAGCAGGGCAGCAGUGCUGAGGUCGCUCCAGAAGAGGGCGAGGGACCAGACCUGGAGUCUUCCGAUGACACAGAUCACAGCAGCAAGAGCACAGAACAGGUUGCCGCGUUUUGCCGGAGUCUGCACGAGAUGAACACCUCCGACUCGAGCCCAUCUCCUCAGGAUGCCACAGGCCCUCAGCUGGCCACCACCCGGCAACUGUCAGACGCCGAUAAACUGCGCAAGGUCAUCUGCGAGCUGUUGGAGACUGAGCGCACCUAUGUGAAAGACUUAAACUGCCUCAUGGAGAGAUACCUGAAGCCCCUUCAGAAGGAGACCUUCCUCACCCAGGAUGAGCUUGAUGUACUCUUUGGAAAUUUAACGGAAAUGGUAGAGUUCCAAGUCGAAUUCCUUAAAACUCUGGAAGAUGGAGUAAGACUGGUCCCUGAUUUGGAAAAGCUUGAAAAAGUUGACCAAUUCAAGAAAGUGCUGUUCUCCCUGGGGGGAUCCUUCCUGUACUAUGCGGACCGCUUCAAGCUCUACAGUGCCUUCUGUGCCAGCCACACGAAAGUCCCCAAGGUCCUGGUGAAAGCCAAGACGGACACAGCCUUCAAGGCGUUCCUGGACGCCCAGAACCCGAGGCAGCAGCACUCGGCCACCCUGGAGUCUUACCUCAUCAAGCCCAUCCAGAGGGUCCUCAAGUACCCGCUUCUGCUCAGGGAGCUGUUUGCACUGACGGAUGCGGAGAGUGAGGAACAUUACCACCUGGAUGUGGCCAUCAAGACCAUGAACAAGGUUGCCAGUCACAUCAACGAGAUGCAGAAGAUCCAUGAAGAGUUUGGGGCUGUGUUUGACCAGCUGAUUGCUGAGCAGACAGGAGAGAAGAAGGAGGUCGCAGAUCUCAGCAUGGGUGACCUGCUGUUGCACACCACUGUCAUCUGGCUGAACCCACCCGCCUCGCUGGGAAAGUGGAAAAAGGAGCCAGAAUUGGCAGCUUUCGUCUUCAAAACUGCUGUUGUCCUUGUGUAUAAAGACGGUUCCAAACAGAAGAAGAAACUUGUUGGCUCUCACAGGCUGUCAAUCUACGAGGAGUGGGACCCUUUCCGGUUUCGCCACAUGAUCCCUACUGAGGCUUUGCAAGUCCGAGCUCUACCCACUGCAGACGCAGAGGCAAAUGCUGUAUGUGAAAUUGUCCACGUGAAGUCGGAAUCGGAAGGGAGGCCAGAGCGGGUCUUCCACCUCUGCUGCAGCUCCCCAGAGAGCCGAAAGGAUUUCCUGAAGGCUGUACAUUCGAUCCUUCGAGAUAAACACAGAAGACAGCUCCUCAAAACGGAAAGCCUCCCCUCCGCCCAGCAGUAUGUCCCUUUCGGAGGCAAGAGAUUAUGUGCGCUUAAAGGCGCCAGGCCAGCCAUGAGCAGGGCAGUGUCUGCCCCAAGCAAGUCUCUUGGGAGGAGGAGGCGGCGACUGGCCCGAAACAGGUUUACCAUUGACUCCGAUGCCGUCUCGGCUAGCAGCCCGGAGAAAGAGCCCCAGCAGCCCCCCGGUGGCGGGGACACUGACCGAUGGGUAGAGGAACAGUUUGAUCUUGCUCAGUAUGAGGAGCAGGAUGACAUCAAGGAGACAGACAUCCUCAGUGACGAUGACGAGUUCUGUGAGUCGGUGAAGGGCGCCUCAGAGGACAGAGACCUGCCGGAGCAGCUUCAGGCUGCCUCCAUCAGUCAGCGGGCCCGAGGCCGGAGAACCCUCGAUAGCCACGCAUCCCGCAUGACACAGCUCAAGAAGCAAGCCGCCCUGUCCGGCAUCAACGGAGGCCUGGAGAGCGCGAGCGAGGAAGUCAUUUGGGUUAGGCGUGAAGACUUUGCCCCCUCCAGGAAACUUAAUACUGAGAUCUGACUACCUUUGUCUCUUUAGAGACCGUGUGUAGAUACGAUGCCGCACCCCCCCCCCUACUCUGCUCACCCUCCUGUGCCGUCCACGAGAAUGUCCCCUUAGGUCACACUCUUGCACACAGAUUUUGGCAGCUGACUCAGGUCUGAAGCCAGGUAGCCACCCACCUUUAUCAUUCUUAAAUGACAUCGGAGAGAAUUGUUCAGAAUCCCAACUAAGCUCGAGUCCUACCUUCUGUACAUUACCAAGGGCUUUUAUUUAUUCUCAGUUCAUCAGGGCCUGAAGAAUUAGAACAAAGAAUCUACAGCAGUGGCCAUCAAAUUGUCCCCAGCCCAGCCGUCAAAGCAGAGUGUCCGAGGGACAGGGUGGCAUACACAAGCUGCCACAGCUCUCUGAAUCCAGUCUCUUAGCUGGGGACCAACCACCUUCACACACACACACACACACACACACAGAGCAAAUCCACACAUCUGUGCAGCUUGCAGAAUCCUGACUCUUCCUCUUCAGUGUCUGAGAAUAUCUGUGUACUUUAAGAAUGUGUGAGGCAGGGGUGGUCGUUUGUGUGAUGAGCCUUUUAUGAUUUUUUUCUUUUGUUUAUGUCUAUAGAGGGUCUUAUUCUACGUCAGUGUUUGGAAGCUCUAGUUUUGCAGAGAAUUAUAAAAGAUGCCAAACUCUUGGGAAAGGGAUCCAAAUUUAUCACUGAGAGAGAGAGAAGAAAAAAAAAAACACUAUUUUUUUGUAUUUUCCUUGAGAUGCAGGGGCACAAAGAGAUGAGAAUUUUACAUUGUUAGGUGUAACUCAGUCUGAAAACGAGGAUAUAACCUUUUGCAGAGCGAGCGAGGCAUGAUGACUUUAUAUUUAUAUAUAAAUGGCCCACAAGAAGCUCAUGCUAAGAAUAAACUUUUUUUUUCCUGAGAAACAGAUUUUUUUUUAAAAAUGUAUGAAUCUAUAUUUGAGAUGGGAGUUUGGUUGGAUUCCAGGGACAGGGAAUGGGGUAGUGUGUGUGUGUCUGUUGCACAUGGCAGGAGAGGGGAGCCUCCUCCUCAUGGGGUUGCCAUGGCUAUCAUUGAUUUUUUUUUCUCAUCAAAAUUGCAUCUUCAUCCAUAGGUGACUUCCCCCUUCCCUGACAGUCCAUGGUCUCAGAACCUCUUCAAAAACGUCCUUUGUGGUUAACAUUUACUCCAUGCCAACGAAACAGGGUGAACUUGCUGAGGGGCCUAAUCUUCUAAAUGGAUGUCCAAAUAGGAAGAGCAAAAACCCAUGAGAGCACUUUCAUUUUUUUAAGAAAAGGUUUAUAGCUUUGUGUUCCUCCUCCCCAUUUCAUGAUGUCCAUUCCCUAAGAAGGGUUUAAAUAAUAUGAAAACUUUCUUUUUGGAAAUAAAAAAAAUAUAUAUAUCUAUAUAUAUAUAUCUAUAUCUAUUUGGUGUUUGAUACAUCAGUAGGUACUUUAAAGACCUGAAUUUUAUAGUAGCUUUAGCAAUUAUAUUUUAUAAGAAUCAGUUAUGACUUUAUAUUUCCAGAUAGAGUUCAGAACACGACGCUCUAAGCCCCCGCUUGCUUUCCUGCUCCCCCCCACCCCGCCCUCUGCCCCCCCACCCCACCCCCCUUUCGGGUUUCCAGGGCUUUGAGCUUGAUCUUUUCAAAGUUUUAUUCUAUUAAAGUUUUUGCUAUAUCUUCUGGUUUUCUUAAAAAGCUUUAGAAUGGUUUCUAUGCCCUUUGUAUCACUUCAUUGUUCAUAUCAUCUCGGGGUCGAUUGCGUCCUGAUGGGAAACUGAAGCAGAGGCGUCGGAAGUCACGUUUUUCUAGUCUCUCUGCAAUGCGUCCAUCGGAAAAUACUGGAUCGUCUGGUGCUUCGACAGGUGCCAUUGUCUCUUGUACAUAAGGUCAUGAUGUGUCUGUGUCAAAAGUUCUUAUAUAUUUCUUUUAUAAGCUGAAAGAAGGUCUAUUUUUAUGUUUUUAGGUCUAUGAAUGGAACGUUGUAAAUGCCUGUCCAACAAUAAAAUGCUGAAAAGGG